AUGGGCAGUGGUAAGAAUCGAGAAUAAGGACACAUGGACUUGGUUUAUCGAAUUGUUGAAGUCAGACCUUGAUAUGUGUAAUGGUGACGGAUGGGCGUUGAUAAGUGAUCAACAAAAGGGUCUUGUCCAAUCUGUAGCUGAACUGUUGCCAAAUGCAGAGCAUAGGAUGUGUGCAAGGCACAUUUAUUCCAACUGGGGUCAAAAAUACAAAGGAAAACAGUUGCUGAAGCAAUUUUGGAGAUGUGUCAAGAGCAAUAAUAUGUCAGAUUUCGAGAUGCAUAGACAGAGGUUGAAGGAACUAACUCGGGAAGGUCAUGAUGACUUAUUCCGUAUUGAGCCAAAACAUUGGUGCAAAGCCUUCUUUGACACCGAUAUUAAAUGUGAUGUCGUUGAUAAUAAUCUGAGUGAAGCGUUCAAUGGCAGGUGUGUGGAAGCUAGGUGCAAGGCCAUUGUGAGUAUGCUGGAGGAUAUUAGAAUCAUGGUUAUGAAUAGAAUGCAUACUCAAAGGGAUGGAUGUGCUAGGUGGACUAGAAAUUACGGUCCAAGGAUUAUGCGUAAGUUACAUGAGAAUACAUCUGCUAGUAGGUAUUGCCAUUUGAUAUGGAAUGGAAAUGAAGGAUAUGAGAUUACAGAAGGUGGUGACAAAUAUGUUGUUGAUUUGAAUUUAAAAACUUGUUCUUGUAGAGCUUGAGAACUUAGUGGAAUUCCAUGUUGCCAUGUCAUUUGUGCA